GCCAGACAGCUGAGAUGGGGAGGCUGCUGCUGUGGGUUGGGCUGGUUCUUCUGAUGAAACCCAACGACGGUACUGCCUACAAGCUGGUCUGCUAUUUCACCAACUGGGCUCACAGUCGGCCAGUCCCUGCCUCCAUCUUGCCCCGUGACCUGGAUCCCUUUCUUUGUACACACCUGAUAUUUGCCUUUGCCUCGAUGAGCAACAAUCAGAUUGUUGCCAAUAAUCUCCAGGAUGAGAAAAUUCUCUAUCCAGAGUUCAACAAACUCAAGGAGAGGAACAGAGCCCUGAAAACACUACUGUCUGUUGGAGGCUGGAACUUCGGCACAUCACGGUUCACCACUAUGCUGUCCACCCUUGCCAGCCGUGAAAAAUUUAUUGGUUCAGUUGUAUCCUUCCUGAGAACACAUGGCUUUGAUGGGCUUGAUCUCUUCUUCUUGUACCCUGGACUACGAGGCAGCCCCAUUAACGACCGAUGGAAUUUUCUCUUCUUAAUUGAAGAGCUCCAGUUUGCCUUUGAGAAGGAGGCACUGCUCACCCAGCGCCCGAGGCUGCUGCUGUCGGCUGCUGUCUCUGGCAUCCCAUACAUCAUUCAAACAUCUUAUGAUGUGCACCUUUUAGGAAGACGUCUGGAUUUCAUUAAUGUCUUGUCUUAUGACUUACAUGGAAGUUGGGAAAAGUCUACAGGACACAACAGUCCUCUGUUCUCCCUUCCUGAAGACCCAAAAUCUUCGGCAUUUGCUAUGAAUUACUGGAGAAAUCUUGGGGCACCUGCAGAUAAACUUCUCAUGGGCUUCCCUGCCUAUGGACGAACCUUUCACCUCCUCAGAGAAUCCAAGAAUGGAUUGCAGGCUGCCUCAAUGGGACCAGCAUCUCCUGGGAAGUACACCAAGCAGGCUGGCUUCCUGGCUUACUAUGAGGUUUGUUCCUUUAUCCAGAGAGCAGAAAAACACUGGAUUGAUCAUCAAUAUGUCCCAUAUGCCUACAAGGGGAAGGAGUGGGUUGGCUAUGAUGAUGCCGUCAGCUUCAGUUACAAGGCAAUGUUCGUGAAAAAAGAACAUUUUGGGGGGGCCAUGGUGUGGACACUGGAUAUGGAUGACGUCAGGGGCACUUUCUGUGGCAAUGGCCCUUUCCCCCUUGUCCAUAUAUUGAAUGAGCUCUUGGUGCGGGCAGAGUUCAACUCAACCCCUUUGCCACAAUUUUGGUUUACAUUGCCUGUGAAUUCCUCAGGACCUGGCUCUGAGAGUCUUCCCGUGACAGAGGAGUUGACCACUGAUACUGUAAAGAUUUUGCCCCCAGGAGGAGAGGCUAUGGCCACUGAGGUCCACAGAAAGUAUGAAAAGGUGACUACAAUCCCUAACGGUGGAUUUGUGACUCCUGCGGGAACGACAUCUCCUACAACACAUGCUGUAGCUCUAGAAAGAAACGCUAUGGCUCCUGGGGCAAAAACUACAACCUCACUGGACCUUCUGUCUGAGACCAUGACUGGGAUGACAGUGACAGUCCAGACACAGACAGCUGGGAGAGAGACCAUGACCACAGUGGGUAAUCAGUCUGUGACCCCUGGGGGAGAGACCAUGACCACAGUGGGUAAUCAGUCUGUGACCCCUGGGGGAGAGACCAUGACCACAGUGGGUAAUCAGUCUGUGACCCCUGGGGGAGAGACCGUGACCAUAGUGGGUAAUAAGUCUGUGACCCCUGUGGGAGAGACCGUGACCAUAGUGGGUAAUAAGUCUGUGACCCCUGGGGGACAGAUCACAGCCACAGUGGGUAGUCAGUCUGUGACCCCUCCAGGGAUGGAUACAACUCUUGUCUAUCUUCAGACUAUGACUCUCAGUGAGAAGGGAACUUCUAGCAAGAAGGCUGUGGUCCUUGAAAAGGUCACUGUUCCUCCUAGAGAGAUAUCAGUUAUGCCCAAUGAACAGAAUACAGCUCUAAAUCGGGAGAAUUUGAUUGCUGAGGUGGAAAGUUAUUCCCAGGAUGGGUGAAUUGGCCCUUAUGUAAAAGCGGAGAACAGGAUGCUCUCCUCCAGCUUUAUCGUCCUGUUCCCAGGAUAUGUGCCUUUUUCUUUUGAAAAUGGCUUCACUCUUACUAAUGGAAACCACUCCUUUGUCAACUCAAUAGUCCUUCUAACAAAUCUCUUCCUCUUAAAAAAAAGAAAACCUAGGACACCCUGUUAUGGAUCAAGAAUGUUGAGCUCCAUUAGUGGCAAAUCCUAGAGAAAAACUCUUGUUUUUUCUUCUAUGUGGUAUGACAGAAGCCAUCUCAUAUUGCCACCCAUGAACCAUUUGUGGGACAAGUUGGCACCAAAGCCAUGGGGCAAUCUCCUUUCUGUCGAAUAAAUUGGAAGCAUGAG